GGCCUGGGCGGAGCGCAGAGCGCGGGGCGCUGGGGAGGCUGCGCCGCAGCACCCGGUUGGUCAGGACUAAGUGGGCCCGAGGCGGACGUGAGAAGGGUCGGGCCAAGAUGGCGGUGCAGGUGGUGCAGGCGGUGCAGGCGGUUCAUCUCGAGUCUGACGCUUUCCUCGUUUGUCUCAACCACGCUCUGAGCACAGAGAAGGAGGAAGUGAUGGGGCUGUGCAUAGGGGAGUUGAACGAUGAUCCAAGGAGUGACUCCAAAUUUGCAUAUACUGGAACUGAAAUGCGCACAGUUGCUGAAAAGGUUGAUGCCGUCAGAAUUGUUCACAUUCAUUCUGUCAUCAUCUUACGACGUUCUGAUAAGAGGAAGGACCGAGUAGAAAUUUCUCCAGAGCAGCUGUCUGCAGCUUCAACAGAGGCAGAGAGGUUGGCUGAACUGACAGGCCGCCCCAUGAGAGUUGUGGGCUGGUAUCAUUCCCAUCCUCAUAUAACUGUUUGGCCUUCACAUGUUGAUGUUCGCACACAAGCCAUGUACCAGAUGAUGGAUCAAGGCUUUGUAGGACUUAUUUUUUCCUGUUUCAUAGAAGAUAAGAACACGAAGACUGGCCGGGUACUCUACACUUGCUUCCAAUCCAUACAGGCCCAAAAGAGUUCAGAGUAUGAGAGAAUCGAAAUCCCAAUCCAUAUUGUACCUCAUGUCACUAUCGGGAAAGUGUGCCUUGAAUCAGCAGUAGAGCUGCCCAAGAUCCUGUGCCAGGAGGAGCAGGAUGCGUAUAGGAGGAUCCACAGCCUUACACAUCUGGACUCAGUAACCAAGAUCCAUAAUGGCUCGGUGUUUACCAAGAAUCUGUGCAGUCAGAUGUCAGCAGUCAGCGGGCCUCUCCUACAGUGGCUGGAGGACAGACUGGAGCAAAACCAACAGCAUUUGCAGGAAUUGCAACAAGAAAAGGAAGAGCUUAUGCAAGAACUUUCUUCUCUAGAAUAAAUCAGGAGACAAAAUGGGGAAAGAUGAAAAUAUCCAGUAUAAAGUUACUUAAGCUAAAUCAAUUUUGAAGAAGAAAAACUUGGAGGACUCACAUUACCUGACUUCAAGACUUACUAAAAAGCUAUAGUAAUCAAGAUAGAUGGUAUUGGCAGAGGAACAGACACAUAAAUCAAUGGAACAGAUGAGAGAACCCAGAAAUAAACCCAUAUAAAUAUGCUCAACUGAUUUUGAAAAAGUGCAAAAGCAAUUCAAUUGAGGAAGAAUAGCCUUUCUGACAAAUUAUGCUGGAGCAAUUAGACACCCAUAGCGAGGAGAAAAAAGAACCUCUACUUAAACCUCACAUCUUAUAUAAAAUUUAACUCAAAAUAUAUAAUGGACUUAAAUGUAAUACAUAAAACUAUAUAACUUGGAAAAAAAGCCACGGGAGAAAAAGCUUCAGGAUCUUGGGCUAGGUGACAAGUUCUUGGACUUUGCCCCAAAAGCACAUCCAUAAAAGACAAAAACUGAUAUAUUGGACUUCUUAAAAAUUUAAAAACUUGUGAUUUAAGAAGAGGAAAAGAUAAGCUACAGAUUGAGAUGAAUUUGCAAACCAUAUAUCUGAUCAAUUUGGCACAUAUAAAGUGUGCUAAAAACUCAACUGUAGUCAGGCAUGGUAGCCCAUGCUUAUAAUCUCACCACUUUAGGAGGCGUGCUUGAGGUCAGGGGUUCCAGACCAGCCUGGGCAAGACAGUGAGACUCUGUCUCUACAAAAAUUUUUUUUUUUUAAAUUAGCUGGGCACCAUGACACACACCAGUAGUCCCAGCUACUAGGGAGACAGGAGGAUCACUUGAGCCCAGGAGUUUGAGGCUGCAUUGAGCUAUGAUCACACCACCACACUCCAACCUGUCUAACAGAGUGAGGCCUUGUCUCAAAAAAAGCCACAAAAGCUCAACAAUAAAAACAAGCAGUCCAAUUAGAAAAUGGGCAAAAGACAUGAAUAGAUGUUUCACUGAAGAGGAUCUAUAGAUGGCAAGUAAGCAUAUGAAAAGCUGUUAAACUCCAUAAGUCAUGAGGGAAUGCAAAUUGAAACCACAGUGAGGCUAUGACUUACUUAUCUGAAUGGCUAAAGAAACAAUAGUGAAAAUACCAAAUACCAAUGAGGAUACAAACUGAAUAUUUUAUACAUUGCUAACAGGAAUGUAAAAUGGUACAGCCACUCUGGAAAAGAGUUUAUAAAUUUCUUAUCAAGUUAAACAUAAUUUUUUAAUCAAGUUAAACAUAAGACCCCGCAGUUGUGCUCCUGGACAUUCAUUCCAGAGAAAUGAAAAUCUAUAUUGUACUUGUACCCAAACAUUCAUAGGAGCUUUAUUUGUAAUUACCCCAAACUGGAAACAACCCAGAUGUCCUACAACAGGUACAUGGUUAAACAAACCAUCCAUAACUUGCAAUACUACUCUGGAAUGAAAAGGAACUAACUGUUGAUACAAGAACAUGGUUGUACCUCAGGGGUAUUAUGGUGAACAAAAAAGCCAGUCUCAAAUGGUCACAUACUGUAUGAUUGCAUUUAUAUAAUAUUCUUGAGGUGACAAAAUUAUUGAAAUGAAGAACAGAUUAAUGGUUGCCAGGGAUAGGAAUUGGAGGGGGUGUGGGAUAUGUAUGACUGUAAAGAGAUGACACAAGGAGUUCCUUUGUGCUGAUGGAACAGUUCUGUGUGAUUAUGAUGAUUGUGAUGAUGAUUAUAGCAUUUGAUUAUGAAGUUAAGCACAUGAAUCUAUACCUGUGCUGAAGUUGUAUGGACCUACAUACACACAAAUGAAUGCAUGUAAAAUCUGGUGAUACUGAAUAAAGUCUGUAGUCUAGAUAGCAGUAUAAUAUCAUUGUCAAUAUCUUGGAUAUGAAGUUGUGCUAUAGUUACAAAACUGUACCACUGGAGGAAACUGGGUAACGGAUACGUGGGACUCUGUACUAUUUUUGCAACUAUAAGUAUAUAAUUAUUGCAAAAUGAAAAGUUGUAAGUUUUAAGUAAGAAACUGGGACGUAUGGUACCUAUUUUAUGAAGUAAGAAAAGGGUGAUAGAAAAUUUGAGGGGAAUAAAACAAUUGGAAUAUUUUUACAGGCCAA